AUGUCGUUUUCUUCGACGCCAGUGUUCGAUGCUUCCAAAGGGUAUCAGAAGAAGGGCGAUGGAACCUAUUUCAACGAUGGUCGUGAGGUCGAGCUCUUGCACUUCGUAUACAACCGGCCGAACAUAGAUGAGAUCCGGAACUCGCCUGCCAAAGUGGUAGCAACGAUCGAUCAGUACGCCCGAACAAAGAAGUAUCUGAUGAACGUUGGUGAAGACAAGGGCAAAAUCGUGACCGAUCUGAUUGCGGAAGUCAAACCGAAGACGCUGGUCGAGCUCGGGGGAUACGUUGGGUAUUCUUCUAUCCUGUUCGGCGCAGCUUUUCGAUCCGCAGGCGGCCAACGAUACUACACUCUCGAGCAUAAUCCAGAAUUUGGAGCAGUCAUAGGCUCGCUGGUCGAGCUGGCGGGCUUGAGCGACAUCGUCAAGGUUGUCGUUGGAGACAGUGGUGCGUCGCUUGAGCGAAUGCAUCGAGAGGAGAAGCUGAAGAAGAUCGAUUUUCUCUUCAUUGACCAUACCCAGUUCGAAAGGGACAUCAAGCUCGCUGAAAAGCUUGGAUUGGUCACCGAAGGCUGUGUUGUCGCUGCCGACAACUGCAUCUACCCAGGACAUCCCGAGUAUUGGGAGUACAUGAGCAGCUCGGUUGCUGAAAAGAGGAAGGCUAGCGAGACAGCGACGAGCGAGGCAGAAGUUGGCAAUUCCAACCUCAUCUAUGAUAGCAAACUGGUGCACAGCUUCGAGCCCAGUGGAGAAAAGGAUGCUGUAGGUAUCUCAAUGUGCACAGGCACGGAGGCAUGA